AUGUCUGCCAACUUAGAUCCUAUGGUUUAUCCUCUAUUUUUCCCAAGGGGUGAUGCUGGUUGGCAUAAUCAAUCGGUUCACAACCCUGAACGUGCUACAUUGGUUAGAAAUCAUGUUACAUUAUCUCAGUAUUACAAUUAUAGACUUUCGCAUGGUGUAUUAGGGAAAGUCGUAACCCAUGUUCAUGUUAUCGAAUUUCAAAAGCGUGGUUUACCACAUGUUCAUAUUUUACUUCACUUUGCCACUGAUGACAAGCUGGAGACAGCACAGGAUAUCAAUAGUUUAAUAUGUGCUGAAAUUCCAGAUCCAAUUAUAAAUCGUGAACUUUAUGAUGUUAUUAAAACUUGCAUGAUUCAUGGCCCAUGUGGCAUACUGAAUCCAAAUUCUACCUGCAUGAAAGAUGGGGUGUGCAGCAAAAAUUAUCCUAAAGAAUUUAAUGCCAACACAGUAGUAGUUCAUAAUGGUUAUCCUUGCUAUAGGCGUCGUGAUAAUGGUUUGGUUAUCAAUAUUAAAGGUAACAAUGUAGAUAACCGCUGGGUGGUACCUUACAAUCCAUGGUUAUCAAAGAAAUAUCAACCCCACAUUAAUGUUGAAGCUUGCAUGUCUGUUAAGGCUGUUAAAUAUUUGUACAAAUGCAUAUACAAGGGUCACGACUGUGCCAAUAUUUUGAUAAAUGAACAAAUUAAUCAUGAUGAAGUAAAUACUUUUUUAGACUGUCGUUAUGUUAGUGCACCUGAAGCAUUGUGGCGAAUUUUUGAGUAUCCCAUAAGUCAUAUGUCACACACUAUUAUCCGCCUUAAAGUUCAUCUUCCUGAGAAUCAAUUAGUGUAUUUUAGAGAAGGAGCAGAACAAAUGGCUUUAGAUCGUGCAGCUCAACGUGAUACACACCUUACAGCAUGGUUCAAGUUAAAUUCUGAAAAUGAAAGAGCACAUUGCUAUUCAUAUGUAGACAUUCCUUAUCAUUUUAUAUUUGAUGAUAAGCUUUGUAAAUGGAAGGUUAGACAAAGAGGUGGGCUGUUACUUUUGCAUGCAAAAGGAGCCAAGUCUUGGGUGGAUGUGCGUACUGUUAAUGGUAUUGUUGUUGAAACAUUUCGUGAAGCAUGCGUUUUAAAUGGUUUGUUACAAGAUGACACUGAAUGGCAAAAUGCACUUUCUGAGGCAGUUUUAACACGACUUUAUUCACCGCUCAGUCCCAGUUCAGCUAUAAUAGCUGAACAAGCUGCUCUUUGUCAAGUUGAAAAGAUUAUUAAUCAGUGUGGUAAAACGCUGGCGGAUUAUAAUCUGCCUGUUAUUGAGUUAGAUUUUAAUCUAGAUAAUCUAGAAAAUUUCAAUCAAAAUGUUCAACAAUCAAUUGAUGAAGCCAAUAGAAUGAGACCACUUCUCAAUGUCAAUCAAUUAAAUCUAUGUAAUGCUAUUCUUGCUGCAUUGAAUGAACAACCAAGUGUAGAAAAUCAGCAUUCUCGAUUGUUUUUCAUGGAUGGACCGGCUGGUAGUGGAAAAACGAUUACAUAUAAUUAUUUGAUUGCUGAAACCAGCAGUAGAGGUAUCAAAUCUGCUACAGCUGCAUGGACUGGCAUAGCAGCAACUCUUCUUACAAAUGGAUCUACAUUGCAUGGCUUAUUCAAACUUCCUGUUCCAAUAUUAGAUAAUAGCACAUGUAAUGUUACUCCAAACUCUAUACAUGGACACUUUUUAAGUCAGGUUAGUUUGUUUUUGCUUGAUGAAACAUCCAUGAUACCCAAGCAUGCAUUGAAUGCAAUUGAUAGGUUAUUAAAAGAUGUUUGCAACAACAACUUUCCAUUUGGAGGAAAAGUCAUUCUUUUUGGAGGUGACUUUAGACAAAUACUGCCUGUUGUGAAAAGAGGACAACCAGCUGAAAUUGUAGAAGCAUGUAUAAAAUGA